AUGGCAGAUUGGGGGCCAGUGAUAAUAGCAGUGGUGCUGUUUGUGCUGUUAACACCGGGGCUGUUAUUUCAGAUACCUGGAAGGAGCAGGGUGGUUGAGUUUGGGAAUAUGCAGACAAGUGGUGCUUCUAUUGUUGUGCAUGCUAUUAUCUUUUUUGGGCUCAUCACUAUCUUCCUUAUAGCCAUUGGUGUUCACAUCUAUACUGGCUAA